AUGAUCAUAAUUGCUUUGGAUGCAGCAGAAGGUAAAGAAAUACCCGUCGAAUAUCUCGAUGAAAUUCGUCAUAUUGCUGCGAAUAAUUCCGAUCGAUCGGAUUCACGUGCUGCUAAAUAUAUUCUAUGUGCACAUGCUGCUCAUCACUGUGGCUUCGUGGAACCAGAUUAUUUCGUCAAUCUAGCCGAACUUUUAUCCACUGACCAUGUGAUUAUUCGUCAAUGCGUUAUGUGGACUUUUGCAACGAUAUUACCAAUCAAGAAUUUUCUUAGUCCAUUAUUGAUUCGGUUAUUGUUUAAUUCAUUGAAGGAUGAAACAUUGGGUUGGAGUAUUUCUUAUCUAUUUCGAAAGAUGUCUGAAAACGACAAGUACAUCCCAAUGGUGCCCGAUACGAAGUGGAUUUCUAUGCCAAAAUUAUUGUUCGAUCAAAAACUGAGCGAACAAGUUCGUAUAAUGAUUGUUCAUACAUUAAGUCAGGUGUUCAAUGUUAGAAGAAUGGUUGCACCGUUCAUCAAACAUAAAUUUGAAGAAUUAGUGAUGAUUGAUGAUCUUCCAAAACGACUUUUCAUUGCAACUGUCAAUGCAUUACAUAUGAUGGCCAUCGGUGGUGCUAUUCUUGAAAAAAAAACGGUGGAUAGAUUACGUCAACUCGCAACGAAUAUUGAUGCUGCAUUCAUUAAAUGUAUUCAUGAAUUACUCGAUUUUCUCGAUCAUAAACGAGUUUUAUCCAAUGCAGCCAGUUUUAUGGGGAAGAGUCAAGUGAAAAAAGAAUUGACUGUUAGCCAAAUCACGUCGAUCUCUCGUUGUGAAGAAGAAUCGAGUGAACCAACAUCAAAAGCACUUAGUCUCGAUCAUUUACUAGGUACCGUCGGUUAUUUAGAUCGAACAUUCAAUGCCGAAGCACAACCCCAAACGGCUUCAUCCGGUCACAAUCAAGCCUGGUACCGAUCGACCCUUCAAGAAAUCGAAAAUCUAACAACAUUAGCUAAAACAGGUCAAUUAAAAGAUCAAGAUUUUACGUAUUUGUUAAGCAGUUUCAAAAGUACGAUUUUUCUCGGUUGGACGACAUGGAAUACGCAAUCGUCUAUGCAUCAAACUAUUGCCACGGCUUUUCGAGAUGCAGCAAAGGCCGAGCAAGCUAUUCCAUUGGACAUUAUCGAUGAAAUGCUCUCACGAUUGAUAGAUGAUAAAGAAAAUGUCUCUGGUCUAUGUUCUGAAACUCUUUUAAUUCUUGUUAAAAAUCAACAAGAAUUAAACGAUCAACAAAUGAAAAAAGUCGAAGAAGCAUUAACCGAAGCAAACGAUUCGGCAGUAAAACAAAACUUAAUCGAAAUCUACGCUCUCUAUAUUUCCAAAGGUUAUCAUGUAAAGUUAGAUUUAAGUUCGCUUGAAAAAAGUUUACAAGACGUUAAGACAGGUUUAACUGCUAGUUAUCUUUUCUUCAAAGCAGCUGCUAUUGAGAAACGUACCUUUACUGAUCAAACGAUGCGAAUUCUUUGUCAAGUCGGCAUGCGUGCUGAAUAUGGCAUCAAAGCUCGAGAUAACUGUUUAUGGGCUCUGGCCUACAGUAUUCGUGAAACCAAAGAUAAACAAUCGAUCUCUUCGGAAUUGAUCAACGAUCUGACUGAAAUACUUAGCAGUCCAGAUACGAGUGUCAAACAAACAGCAGCAGUGGCACUUUGUUAUUAUGGCAUGGACGAAAAAAUUGUUUUAUCUGCGAAAGUUCUUGAACGAUUAGCAGUCCUGCUAUCAGAAAAAGAUCAAAAUAUAUUAGAUAAUAUCGUUUCUCUCUAUCAGACAAUGUCGAAAAAACAUCAAAUCGUUCCAGUUGUGGCUUUAGAAAAUCUUGCUCGACUUCUUCAACAUCCGGAAUUUUUCUUACGCCAAAGAGUUAUUUGGACAUUCAAACAUGUAGUGGAUGAUGGACAAGAAUUAUCAAUGCCCAUUCUUGAUCUAAUCGAUCUUUGUUUAGAUGAUCAGGAAUCACAUAUUCGAAAUCCAGCAGGUCGAACGUUUAUCACCUAUUGGCAAGGUCAACUUGUGCGAAACGACAGCGAAACAAUUCGUCGUGUAUCAGCUCGAUUAGAAAAAUUGUUGAUGCUAUUUCAACGUCCAUAUGAAUUGCAAGUACGAAUCUUGGCAUUAGAAUUUCUUCGGCAAUUGAUAGAGAAAGAUUAUGAUUUACCUGAGUCAAUUCUUCAAUUAAUAGAAAUGUGUCUUUAUGAUCGGGAAGCAAUGGUUUCUAUCAAAACCAUUGCUGUUGUUGAAUCCUACUCUCGUCGACGACCACUACGAAGAGCCACUAUCGUUUGUUUGGAACAUUUAUUAACCACUGAAACGCCAAUUCUACCGAAUAUCAUCGCUAUUUUGAAAAUCAUCGUUGGUUCUGGCCAUAUCCUAUCGAAAAAAGUCAUCGAUAUUCUUGGUCAAUUGAUUUUAAAGGCGAACAAUCCGAACGAUAUUGUCAUUCUUCUCACCUUUGCUGAUCGCCAUCAACCAUUACCGAAAUCGAUCGAUGAACUUCUUCGUCAAAUUUAUUUUGCUAAAGCGUUGAAAUAUUCAACACGUCAAUCAACAAUUCACAAAGCUGUUGCUGGAUUAGUUCACUUGACUCAGCAAGGUCAACAAUUAUCAUUAUUUGUUCUCAAUACAUUAUUUGAUUUAUUGAAAUCAGCCAAUCAUCAAUCUUCGUUGAUACCCAUCAUCCUCAAUGUCAUCUCUAAUGGACAACAUAUUAAUAAUAGCGAACAUCGUGCUUUAUUAGAUCGAAUCUUUCUGCAAAGUGGUGAUUAUCCUUCACAUGAUUUGAUGCUAACCUUUACUCAAUUGAGUCGACAAAAUCAAGCCAUUCCUGAUAAUGUUAUUGAUCAUCUAGAAAAACUUCUCGACAAUCCAUCCAUUAAUUUAUUCGUCAUCGAGAUCUAUCAACAUCUGAUCGAACGACGAAAACCUCUCGAUUCAUCGAUUAUUCGACGAGUUCUCAAAUGGUUCGAAUUGAAUCUUUGGAAAGAUUUGUCAAUGGAUUUUCGACAUCGACUCACAUCCUUCUUUAAUGCUUUAGCUAAUAAUCGAUCGAAUGAUGCCAAUCAAACUCAUCUACCUUCGCUUCUUCAAGUUCAACAACCAACGACGAUUCUUCGAGAACUUUGUUCGGCUGUUCACACUCUAGCAGUACAUCGCCAACAUCUUCAUUCAACAAUGAUCAAUACUCUUCUUCAACUAUUAGACGGUGAAAUCGAUACAGAUAUUCAAGAAAUCAUUUUAAAAACGCUUAAACUAGCUCAAUCGAAUUCUUCGAGUCAACACGAUGAUUUGAAAGAAUUUCUUCAUCUCUUCGGUCAUGAUCCAAAUCUCGAUGAUCAAUCAUUACUGAAACAAUUAAGAGAUGUAGUGAAAAAUGGCAAGAAAUUACCAGAAGCUUAUUUGACACGGUUAUCACACAUGCUCUACAGUUGUGAUCUCAAUCUGAAGAGAGAAGCAGCGACGAUUUUAGCAUUGACUCUUUCGUCAGGUCCAAAUCUUCCGAAAAAAGUACUCGAUGCCAUUUGUUUAACUCUAUUGGAUGAAUCGAUUAGUAUGCACACAUUACCAUUGCUGUUGAGUUCCGCAUCAACAUGGCCAUCAUCAGUAACUGAUGAUCUUCUUCAUCUCGUUCAGCACUCGAAACAACCAACGAUUCAACAACGAGCAAAGCAAUUACUCAUUACUCAGAAGGAAAGAAACGUGAAGGUACGCGAAUUUCUCGACAAUCAAAGGCUGUUAUUAUCAAAAACACAACACGAAGAUGUCCAAAAAAUGAUUCUUUCAUCGAAUAUCAACGAUGUUCAUCAAGCAUUGAAAAUUAUUCGUGCGAUGAUUAUCCUCGAGAAACAUGUGCCACAUGAACUGCUCUCUACUAUUGUUAAUCAGCUGAUCAAGCAUUCUAAUGAAAUGAUCGCUGUAUUGAUUCUUGCAUUUACUCAUGACAUCCAGUUCAAUGCAAAACUCUCGCAAUCAAUUGAGAAUACUCUCCCGCUCUGCCAAAGUGAACGUAUGUUUGUUCUCAUUCGAAUCAUGGCCGAAAAAUCUAUUCCUUUCCAAGAAAAAACACUCGAGAUUCUUUUGUCGCAAGGAGAUUCGAAUACAGUCAAUGAACCUCUGCUGUGUUUGGAAAAUAUAGCUCGAUAUCAACAAUUACCUACUCAUUUCAUUUCGUAUUUUGUCGAACAACUCUCUCAAGGCACGGAUGAUAUUGUCGGAAAAUCGUUCAAUAUUCUUUGUCUUCAAAUCUCACGAGGCUAUGUGAAAUAUUCCCAAGAAUUACUUCAAUCUAUUCCGUUACCAUCGAUUAUCGAUCGAGAUCGAUUGGCUAAAGAAACAACCGUCCAACAGUGUCUUGGGACGAUUCAAACACUCUUAUUUGUCGAAUAUCUCGAACCAACGACGUUUGAACUUCCAGCUACUCAGUGGUCUCGUCAAUCUUUAUGUAUUGAUUUAUUUACGAGAUGUUGCGAUCAAAGCCCCAAUCAAAUUUUGAACUUUUAUCAUGAAUUAACACAGUUCGAAAUAUUCAAAAAAUACCAGUUGUACAACGAUCAACGUGAUGAUUUUCUUCGAGCAUUGAUUGAAAAACAACGCUCAUAUGACUUCAAUUUAGCCACAAUCAAUCAAAUUUUGAUCUAUUCAAAGACUUCAACUGAUCAAGCGAUGAAACUUUUACAAUCGAAAGAAAACAAUUGGCUCUUCCAGAUGCGUUUGCAUUUUAUUCAAACGAUAUUUAAUCAAUGGUCAUUCAAUACUCGUUACUCCCAAACUGUUCUUAAUCAUUUAAUUGAACGAAUAUCCAAAGAAGAAAAUCUACCUGCAGAAUUGAUUGAACCAUUUCUUCAAUUUAUUCAGACGCCGGAUAAUAUUUUAACCAUUCUUGAUCUUGUGACAACGUAUCAGAUCACCGGUGAUCAAUUAAUUAGUAUAUUCGCUAAUCGCAAAAGUCUCGACGGGUUCGAAUCGUUGCAGAAAAAGAUCGAAUUGAUGAUUAUUAAUAAAACAUUAUCGACUUGUGCCAAUGGAUCUGAGAAACAGUUCAAAAGUGCUAGUCAUGAUUUACAAGUCUUACUUGAAAAUGGCUGGCGAUUGAGCAAACUUAUCGAUUUAUUACAUAGCAUCAAACUGCAUCAAGAUGUCUCCGACAGUUUAUCUCAGUUUCUUCGAUCUUUGCAAAUUCUAAUUGAUUACAAAAUGAAUGAAAAUAGUCUAAACUCCUUAAAAGAUAUCUUUUCUCAUGAAAAUGUCCAAUCGUGGUCAGCGAAUGUCCAUGCCUUAGCCAUUGAACAUUGUUUCGGUUCAAUUAGUUCCGAGAAAAAUUUAUUAACGCUUUUAGCUGAAAUCAAACGAGACAACCCAGAUAUUGAUGUUAUUAGAUUCGAAAAAAUGUUCGCUCAAAUCGAUCAAGCCUACGAAAACGACUCAUCCCGUUUUGCACAAAAUGAACCGAUCAAAAACUGGAGUAUCAGCGAAAUCCAAGCUUGGGCCAUUGAAGUUUUAAAUUUUCAAUCGACUAAUUCUAAUCGACUUCCUUUAUCUGAAAUUCUUGCUGUAAUCAAACGUGCUGUCUACCUUGAUUCCCAUUUUGAACCACGACCGAUCCAAAUCUUAGCAGUUCUCAUUAUGCUCGAUCGCAAUGAGCAAGGAGGACGUUUGUUACAGAUCUUAACGGGUGAAGGCAAAUCGACCGUUGUUUCCGUCUUAGCCGUAAUCAAAGCCCUACAAGGUCAACAUGUUGACAUUGUUACAAGUGCAAUGACUUUAGCAAAACGAGAUGCUCAGGAACGUGAAAAGUUCUAUAAAUAUUUCAAAAUACAAGUUUCGCAUAAUAAUGAUGAGACCAGUUACGUUUCUGGGCCAAAGACCUGUUAUGCAGCCAAUAUCGUCUAUGGUACUUCCAGUCAAUUUCAAUUCGAUUUACUUCGUCAUGAAUUUAGUCUACUCCAUACACGCACGAUUAACAACAGUACUGGUGCAGCUCGUCGGCAUGACGUGAUUAUUAUCGAUGAAGUUGAUAGUAUGCUCAUUGAUGAAAAUAAUACCAUUGCUCGUUUAGCUGAUCAAUUGCCUGGCAUGGAAUGGCUCAAUUCAUCACUCUAUGGUGUUUGGCGAUCGGUUGAAGCUGAUGCUGAUGUCGUAUCUAAUCGAGAUUUAAUCGUCAAAAAUCUCAAAGAAUUUCUUCUCGAUUCGAAAUCACAGAUCAAAAUUCCUAAACAUUUACAUCGAUUUGUCAUUGAUUCUCUUCCGACGUGGAUCGAUCAUGCCAUUCGUGCUAAAGUUGAAUAUCGUCUCGAUCAUCACUACAUGAUCAAACCCGAUGAAACACGUACAAAACGGAUUAUGCCAAUUGAUUUUUCCAAUACAGGUGUCAUUCAAGCUAGUACAACAUGGAGUGAUGGUCUUCAUCAAUUUCUUCAAAUCAAACAUGGUCUUAAAAUGACCUCCUUGACUGUUACCACUAAUUAUCUUUCCAAUGUCGGUCUAUUCACUCGUUAUGGCACUCAAAUUUACGGCUUAACAGGUACCAUCGGUUCGAAAGACGCUCAAAAUCUAUUACAGAAAAUUUACAAUGUCGAUACGAUCAGCAUUCCACCUUUCAAAGAGAAACGUCACAUUCUAUUGGAUCCCAUAUUGACCAUAAAUGAUGAUCAAUGGUUGAAUACCAUCGUAUCCAAUAGUUUAAAUCAUGUACGCAAUCAUCGAGCCAUUCUCAUUAUCUGUGAAACUCGAUUAGAUGCUAAGACAAUCACCACAGAAUUACAACGUGCUGAUCCAACUUGUUCCAUUCGUCUUUAUAGCGACAAUACUGAUGCAGUCGAAUCCAAUGCUGUCAAUGAUAAAAUUCAACCUGGUGAAGUUAUCGUAGCAACAAAUUUAGCCGGUCGAGGAACAGAUCUGAAAACAAGUCCAGAAGUGGAAAAACACGGUGGUCUUCAUGUUUGUUUGACGUUUUUACCCAAUAACUUACGUGUCGAAGAACAAGCUUUCGGUCGAACAUCACGACAAGGUAAUCGUGGCACAUCACAAAUGAUUCUUUGUCAGGACCGAACUUUACGUCAACUGAUGAGCAAUGAUCCCGCUUUAUUCGAUACUAAUCUAACUGAUACUUCUGAUCCGAUGAUUUUGUUCCGUUAUUGGCGAGCACAAGCUGAACGUGCUCAUCUCGAUCGCAUUUGGACGGAAGAAAUCAGUGAUAUCAAAUUAAAGGAUGAAUUAUUCAAAAAAUUCUGCCAACUUCUCGUUCAAUUACGAACCUCAAAUAACGAUCCUUACCGAUUGCUCAGUGCCAAAGAACAAUGGGGUCUAUGGUUGAAAUCAAUGGAUCAUGCCACUCAAAAUCGAAAGGCUCUUCAACAAGUUAUCGAAACAGUAGGAUAUCAGUACGAGGAAAUGCCUCGUGAUGAUGAUAGUUUUUAUCAUGCUAUAUCACAUCAAUUGGAAGGAAAAUUAAAUGCCAAAGAUAUCAAACAGAUGGUUAUGAAACAUAUCGAAGAGCAUAAAAAUCUUUAUACUGAAAUGAACGAUGAACAACGACAUAGUGCUGCAAGUCGAGCAUUAAAAGUAACGAUUAUUAUUUACCGAAGCGAUUAUGGAGGUCCAUGUGUUUAUGAGCAAGAAAAUGCUUUAGAUCAAUGUUUCCUUGGUUAUGAAGUUGAUUCGUACUAUGUUUCUCUCAAGCAACCCACCGAAGAAAACAAAUCAUCUACGACUCAGCCUAAAGAAAGUGAGGAAAAAGCACUUGAAAAAGAAACAGCGAGACAUACUAAAUGGUUCAACAAUAUGAAAAAUUUAGCUGGUAAAAUGAAAGACUGGGGUCAAAAUCUAGUGGAUCGAUCUGCCACUCAAGUGAGCAAACUGGAUCUUGAUGCCGGUUUUGAACAGUUGAAAAAACAGAUCGAGAAAGAUUUUAAAAGUGAUGAUAUCAUUAACAAUCCUUGUUAUCUAAUGUUAGAUGCUGACACUAUGAUGCAAAAAUUAUUCUCAUGGAGCAAUACGUUUCAAUAUUGUCUCAGUUAUAUUCCUUAUGUGGAAACAAAUUCAGUAUCUAUUGACCAAGUGAUGAAUCGACUCGAACGAGCGUUCAAGCUAGAUCCAAUCUUUGCCUUUGAUGCUUUGGCUAAUUACAGUUUUUGCCUUCUUCAUCAAGGUAAAUUACCGGGCGAAUAUAAAACGACAGCGAAGUCUUAUUUAACCAAAGCACAAAAACAGGUUGGUGAAUAUAUUUUACCACAAUUAUAUAGUAUGCAAUUGAAAUCUACGACAAAUUCUGAAGAGUUCGUUUUUGAUGAUUUUGCCAAACAGAUUCAGAUCAAAGUCGAUAUUCUUCAACUUUAUCUCAAUCAUCUAAGCAAUGCCAUUACAGUAAUUGAAGAAUCACAAAAACUCAUCAAUAUUACCGAUACAGAUGGUACAACACAGAAGAUCAGUCGGAAGUUGUAUAAUGACGAAGUGAAAAAAUUUCUUGAAAAGUGUUCAGGUUCAAUCGAUAUCAGUUUCAAUCAUUUGAAAGUCCAUCAUGAUUGCGGAAGAUAUGAUCAAGCCGUCGACUUAUUCAAGAUAUUAACCGUUGAUGAACGUGUUUCAAUUCAUUUUGUAGAAACCAAUCUUGAAGCAAUGAAGAAAAUCCCAGAUAUUCCAGAAUCUGUCACUGUUCGAUUGAAUAUUCAAUAUCUCGAUGCUCCUGAAGUGAUACAACUGAUGAAAAAUCGAUCGGCUGAUUUGACAUUAAUGUCAACAGCAGCUGAAAAUUAUCUGAUAGCCAUCGAAAUCAUGAAUACAAAUGUCACAAUCAUCACAGACACGUCACGCCAAGUACUAUCGUCUUCCGAAGCGAAAAUGCGCAUAGCUACUCAAAGUGAAUCAAUCAAAUCGAUCCUGUUCUCAUUGAUCAACUUACAAAACUUCAAGAAAAUCCACGAAAAAAUGGAUAAAGUUCCAUAUGCAUUGACUUUUCAGAGUUUAACUAUUUUCCAGAUGAUAAAGAUGGUCGAGACACUUGGCAAACCAUUUUCUGUCGAAUUAUAUUCUUUAACUACUUUCCAAGCCACGUCCAUAGCCAAACAAAUCGAUGAUCGUCAGAAUUUCAUGGUCACCGUACUCGAUUUGACAAAGAAACGUGCUCAAGCUAUUGUUAAAUCAUUCAAUGCGAAAGAAGAAAAUGUUAAAGCAAGUUUGACACGUCUAACAGAUCAAUUUUCGAAAACCGAUCAACCACACGAAGAACUCAAUACUUACAACAUGUUAGGUAUUCGUGUUUUGAUCAUUGUUGAUGAACUUGGACCACGACCAUGGAUUAGUGCAAGUGUAGUCGUUGCUUUAGGUGUCGGUCAAAUGAUCGGUGGUGUUUGUCUUGCAGCUGUCACUUGUGGAUUAGGUACCAGUUUAGGUAUAUCGUUAAUUGGUGAAGGAAUGAAUGAUAUUGUUUAUGGAGUACGUGGUGCCAUAUCUCGACGAUUCUCAUGGAAAGAUUAUGGUAUUCAAAAAGGUGUGAGUCUAACUAUUUGUUUCGUCACACUCGGCUGUUCAGCAGUCAAACAAGCAGCUCAAGCGGCUGCAGCAGCUGGUACUACUGGAACAACGUCGAUGUUGAAAGCGACUGGUGGAGGAACGAUUACAAUAAUGAAAAAUAGUUUUCGAACCGUCGGUUCAGGUGCUAUCAAAGGUAUAUCAUCGAACAGUUGGAAAUUGGCCUGUAAACAAGUUGCGGUGACUUGUGUCGAAACUGGUGUUCGACAAAUUGCGAAUUAUGCAGCGGAUAGUGUUUCAAAUAAAGCUUUGUCCGCAUUCACCGAUUCUAUUCGUACAGAAAUCGAACGUAUUCUUCUCGUUGAACAAUCCAAACCCGAAUAUGAACGUGUGGUCAAUCGAGCCAUUGAUGCAGAUAAAUUUAAUGGAAAUAAACAAUGGCGACAACAGAUGGAACAAAUAGUUUCACAAUUGAUGUCGAAACAGAAAAACGAAUAUGUUGAAGCACUCAAAUCUUUGUCCUGUGGUGUGACCAAUGCUAUCCUCAAUCAUAGUAGACAAUAUCUGCACGGACAAAACAGUUCAGUUGAUCAGUAUCUGAAAAUAGCUCAAUUAGCGAUGACAUUACUGCCGAUGAUCAAAGGUAGUCACGAAUUGGCGACUAUUACGAACAAAUUCUUCGCAGCAUACAAACAAGAACUGAAGUUACUCGAACAGAAGAUUUCCACUUUCCAAGAUUUACUCAUUUUACAGUCCAACCAGUCGAUUUCCAUGGAAGAAGCGACGGGAAUCUAUGAACUUCUCGUUAGUAAAGAGAUUCUGUCUAGUACUGGUGGUUUCAAUAAUCGUUUCUUUAUUCUAAUGGAUCAACCAGAUUUCGUCGGACAAGUUUCUUCUUCUCAAUCCAACACAGGUCAAUCCAUCAGAAGUUUUCAAGACAAAUUAUCCGUUGAACUGGCAAAUAUUACCUUUGAUUCCGAGACACAACGAACUCAUGUCGUAGGUCUUCUGAGUAAGUUAUUAAAACCUGAACAAAAACCUUUGUCUCUUUCAAUGAUGAACAAAAAGAUCAUUGAUUUUUUUGUCGAACAAGUCUGUGCGAUUAUCCAAGGAACUUUCAUCACCCCAUUAACAAAUUUCAUCGUCUCAAAUACUAUUCUAAUGAUGUCAACGAAAAUUCAACUCGCCAUGGAUCCUAAUGGAACAGUGACUGAACAGUUGGUGCAAGAAGGUGCAAAACGUUACCUGAAUGUUGUUGUUAAUGAUAUGUUUGAAAAAAUUAAAAGUGGAGAAAUUAAAAUCGAUCCAGAAGGACGAAAGAAGCUUGAAGAACUUCAAAAACUAAACGAAAAUGAUCCAGGAAAAGCGAAAAGUUACUCUGAAAAACUUGCGUUAGACAUGAUGAAUGGUAAACAAGGUGAUAAUGUUGUUUUGUCCGUCUUAGCAAUGAUAACUCAAACUCCGGUUACUGUGCUUCAAACAUCAUCGGAUGAUGCAUCAAAUCAAGAUCCUGAUAAUCCGAACGUUCAAUUAAAUUAUACACCAGCAAAGAUCGAUGAAACAACAGGAGCAGUAGUCGAUGGACAUUAUGAACCGACACAGGGCACAGCAGCUACUGCUGGAGCUGGACCUACCGACUGUUUAUUUGCUGCCGUUCUUAGUCAAAUGCCCGAUAAAUUUCAAUCGAUUGAUGAUAUGCGAGCUCAAUGUGCUGCAUUCAUUUUAACUACUCCAAAUUUCAUCGAAGGUAUUUAUCCAGCCGUCAGUGUAAUGAAUCAAUGCCGAACUCCACUUCGACGAAAGUUACUGAUGGGAGAAGGUGCAACAUUGACGCAAGAUCAAGAAAAACUAAUCCAAAAAAUGCUUGCUAACAUCCAUAUCAUAGAUCCUCCCGAUCCAGACAAGAUCAAAAAAGUGGUCGAGGAAUACCUGAAUAAGGUUUCCGGUGUAGGAAACGACAACGAAACGAAGGAAAAUAAAUCGAAGGAAAAUAAACCGACGGAAGUUAAACCGAAGGAAAAUGAUCCACAUCAACAAGGAGAUCAUGUGAUCAAUAAGGGUCUCAAAGAUGUUGAACAAAAACUUCUAAACGUUCUCGGUAUCAAGGAUAGCAAAGGGAAUAUUGGCUUAGAUGAGAAUACCCUCAAAAAGCUUGAUACAAAAGGUUUACCAAAAAAUCCCAAGGAUUACAAAAAUGAAAAUGCGGGUCGUUUUGGCGCUUCGGUGGAAUUUUUAAUGCGAUUUGCCGAAAAACAUAAGCAGGAAGGACAGUAUACUUCAUGCUACUCUGACGCAUUCAAAAGUGUUAUAAACAUUAUGAUCGACAAAGAAAUUUAUUUUGAUACCGAACUCAAUGUGGAUAAGAAGAGAACAAAUGAUGUACGUGAUGUUAAGUUGGCAAUAAAGGAGCAUCUGCAAAAACUUCCAGAUUUAUUGUAUACGUUGCCACGUCCGACUUCUGAUCAGGACGGUGUCCCAGUUUUACAAGUUGGAAGUAAAUCGUUAUGGCCUGUGCAAUGCACUAUAGCUGAAAUACCACCACCUGUUCGCGAUUCCAGUGGAGCGACAAUGAUAUUCAUUGCAUGGUUGGGCGGUGUGAAACCUGAUCAGGUUCUAUUGUGGAAUGAUGUAAUAAAUCAAAUUGAAAAAUUAAUGACAAAUGGAAUUAAAUUGAAAAGUACAAGCAAAACUGUCCAGUAUCGUGUACGCACUCAAUGGGCGACAUUUGAUUUGCCGGCUAUGGCACACUUCAUGAAUAUUACUCAAUAUAACGGCUACUUUGCGUGUCCAGAAUGUAAAGUUCAAGGUGUUUUAGGUGCAGGCAAACAAGUCAUUUAUCCACCCACAGAGCAACCACAUGAAAGAAAAACACCCCAAGACUACAAAAAUAUGGCAUCUUAUGAACACACAGCAUUCCAAGGAUUUGGUAUCAAAGGACCAUCACCAUUAACAAGAAUCCUCGUUUUCCCACAACAAGUACCGCGCGACUUCAUGCACUUGGUCUGUUCUGGUCACUUUAAAACAAUGAUGGAAUAUUGGGAAGAACAACUUCAUUGUACCGGCAUUUUUAAUAUCGGUAAUCGUUUUCUUUCUCUCAUAAGACUUCCUCAUUGUUUUAAAAUGCAAUUUUUACCCUUGUCAGAUUAUUUGAUCAAGUUCAUAAGCAUGCCUGUUUAAGUAUGACUUCUUGUUUCUCAAGAGAAUCAUAUCUAGGACAAGCUAAAAAUUGGUGCCACGGAAAAUGUUGGAGAGAUAUGAUUUGUUGGAGAGAGCAGUUGUGUGAGACAUAAUUUACAAUAAUAUGAAACAGAUGGUAGUUUUGUACUAUUAUCGGUGAUCAAAAAUAGCUGUUUCACUAUUUUUGGCAAAUUAUUUUGAGCA